UUUCUGUGCAGGUCGGCCCUCGCGAGGAGGAAUCCGCGCAAGGAUUCACAGCAUUCGCGAUUCGCAGCAGGCAGUGAAUCCGCUCACGAGAUUUGCAACACGUGCACAAUUAUAUCUUGAGCUCGGCAUGUGUCGAUGCAUAUUAAUGUCGGCAGCGCAUCUCUGUCCGUAGGCACGUUGUGACUACAGGCUGCCUGCAGACUAUACAUUGAUUUCGAUCGAACCCCGCAUUGCCAUAUCUUCCGUCUCUGCGUCGAUUCCGGAAGAGAAGUCGAUGAUCGGACGAGAGGCUUUCGCAGAGCAUCGACAAUGGUCGUGCCGAGGCGCGGGCGUGGGCCGCUGGUUGAUUGAGCGCAGUCGGCCGUUGGGCGCCUCGGGCGAGCCGUUCUCACAUGUCAAUUGGGUCGCGGACGGGAGAAUGGGACGACAAAGGUUGAAAUCGUUCCGAGGGAGAGACUAGAGGCGCGUUCAGCGGGAGGAUGGAGCAACGUGAAUGCACACCGAGCCAAGAUGCUGCAGAUUCGACGCCUCUCGGAUUCCAUCGUCAAUCGUCUGCGAUCCAGCACGGUUCUUCUGGAUGUCGCGCAGAUUGCAGAGGAGCUCGUCUGCAACAGCAUAGAUGCAGGAGCCACCCAGAUCCAAGUCGACGUGGAUGCCGAAGCUUACUUCAUGAAAGUAGACGAUGACGGUUGCGGUAUCCAGCGAGAUGACUUGACCCUAGUUGGUGAAAGACAUGCAACUUCAAAAUUACAGAGUCUGGAAGAACUUGAGAGAGGAGUCAGCACUCUUGGUUUUCGAGGGGAGGCCUUGAGUUCACUGUCGGAUAUAGCUCUUGUCGAAAUUACAUCAAGAUGCCGGGGAACACCAAAUACUCAUCGCAAGAUACUGAAGGACUGCGCGACUGUUUCCAUUGGUCUCUGCAGCCAGCAACGAUCACAUGGAACAACAGUUGUUGUCAAAGAUAUGUUUUACAAUCAGCCUGUUCGAAGAAGGCUUCUGAAUACCAGGAAGAUUCCGCAAUCUGUGAAGGAGAGAGUAAUGCGCUUUGUCCUCAUGCACCCGAAGAUCUCGUUCAAGGUUACUGAUCUUGCGAGGCAGGAGGUCUCGGUACAUUCAAAAAGUGCAACAUCUAUGGGCACCACACUUUCUGGAAUGUUUGGUAAAGACUUUCUGGCCUCUCUAAAGGAGGUCGAUUGUUCGCAAGGUCGCCUCAGAUUUACCGGCUACAUUUCCAGGAACUAUCACUCUCUUUCUUCGAAGACUGUGCAGUACUUUUAUAUAAAUCGUCGCUUCGUCAAAAAAACACCCAUUCACAAGCUGCUGAAUACGUGGGCUCAAUCCAAGAACAAUGAUUCCAGAGCUUUGGUUGUGACUUCUACUCAACGUGGGACCUAUGAAAAGAGAGGGACUGGAAAACAGGAUGGCAUUGGCGACAAACACUUGUUUCCAGCAUUUGUGCUUAACUUGAUCUGUCCACUGUCGGAAUAUGACAUCACAUUUGAAGCUUCGAAGACACUGGUUGAGUUUAAGGACUGGCAACCGGUCGUGGAUUUUGUGAGAGGUAUUCUUCGAAGCAUUUGGGGAGACCUUUCGAGUGUCUUCGAAGGAGGUUCGCUUCAUGCUUCACCAAGAAGUCCAGAGCUGUCAGUAAAGGCUGAUUCAAGAAGCAAGACCGUUCGCCAGCAGACCAGCUCUUCACUCUACACGGCCUCUAAUAUGAUUCCUCCAAUGUCAGUGCGCCGAGCCUUGGUUCAGGGUGGUCUCUCUGACCGUUGCAGCCCCGUUAAAGGUAGUGCUAUCGAGCAUAAAGGUGUUGAUAUCGCUAGUCAUGGAUCAAGGCAGUCGAGAUGCAAACAGAGGGAGCGACCAUCACCUACUCAAAAUGAAUCAGAUAAAGGAAACUUGUCAUCUGGGACGUUCGUAACAGGUGGAGUGACCAUUGGCAAGUUCUUGGCAGAAAGUCCCAGUCACAGGGAUGACCAAUCCUUGGCCCCGCGGGGAUGGACCUUGGCGUCUUGCAGACAAGCACAAACAUUGUCGAAGUCAAUACUAUCAUCCAAGGACAUUGAUGUGUUUGUGCCUUGCUUUGAAGCUCCAAGGUCGCCUUGCGACAGCGAUAGCUUGACGACCUUGCGGUUGGAGCCUUUCCCAGACAAUAUCUCACGGAAACCUACUUGCACGGUGGACAGGAUCAGAUCACGUUUUGACUUUCUCCAUUCGCCUACCAGGCCCUUUUUGGUCAAGUCAUAUACCGAGAGUACACUGGCCGAUGGAAUGACAGAGCAAUCACAAGAUUUGAUUCCUUACACGAAGCUUGCCAAGUUCAGGAGUUGUAGACUAGGUGAGAACAUGGAUAUAGAAAGAGGUGGAGCUUCAUCGGAAGUUCCGGACUUGAACAUGAGAGCAUCCCUGUGGUCUGGAAGUGACGACUCCUACGAUUAUACAAGUAAACCUGAUUCUUUGGAUCUUCUUCCUGAAGUCAGGAGUCGCUCUCCUGAUGGGUCAGAAGUCCAGGAAAGCUUCGCGUGGAUGUGUAGCGGAAGUGAUCCCGAAGAUAAAUGCAUAACGCAUGGAAAGGGCUUGACACGUAGUGAGACCAAUGGACUUGAGCGGUUUGAUCUCAAUGAUUUUGAUCACCUUGAAGAAUCGUCUCGCUUCAGCUUAUUGAGGACACAGAUGAGCAUAACGGAACAGGAAGAAGGGGAACAGGAAGUAGGGGAGCGCUUGGAGCUAAAAUCGGAACGUUCCGUACGCUUUAAGUUGGAAGCUCAGGAUUGGAGGGAUCAUGAGGAUUUCGAUCAACAGGCUACAAACAUUUUUUCUUGGAAUCCAUCAAAAAUUGGAAGUGAGGGGCAGGAGUCAUGGAAUAGAGACCUUUCAGAUGCAUCGGGUAGGAAGAGCGAUUAUUGCAGACCUCGAGUGAAGAGAAAGCUGGAAACGUUUUUGUCAGGCCAAUCAGCUCAACUUCUCAGUCCUAGUGGCAACACAGUAGAGCAUGAAACGAGAAAAUAUGACUCUGAGCGAGAAUGGUGUAUCAUAUCAUCAAAACGUCACCGCAGGAGUCAGUCUGGUCCUCCUUUUUACAUACCACCAAAUAGGUGUGGUAUACAUGACAAUCCUCCAAACAGUCUCUCGACCAUUAAGAAGGUACUGGUGGAGAUUUCGGAAAGGUCAGACCACAACAGGAGGGAAGCAGCCCAAAGGAGUGAGAAGAGCACAUGCCAAACUUCUCAUUAUGAUACAUGCGCGAUGGACACUACUUCAGCCUCAUCCUUCAGCGCCUCGUGCAUAAGGAAUGGUCAGGCAUGCAUUGCUGAUGAUCUCGUUGAAAGACCUCUUACAGAAGGAGGUUGCUCCGGACCGGCUUCACGUACAUAUGAUGCAGCGUCAGUGCAAAAGGUGCUACCAGAUGUGGGCAGUGUAGGUCUGGAUCAAACUGCUCAUACAGAUGACGCCAUUCAGGAUAUGUUAAAGGAGUUUUCGAAUUCUUACAUGACGAAAGAUGGAGGCGUAUUGGAUCUCUCUUCAGGAAUAUUGUGUUGGAACAGCAUGUCCUUCCUCCCCGAGUCUAUCGUAAAGGAGAGUUUACAGCAUGCUCGAGUACUGCAGCAAGUGGACAAAAAGUUCAUCCCAGCGGUAGCUGAUGGUGUUUUGUUGAUAAUCGACCAACAUGCUGCAGAUGAGCGCGUCCGCUUGGAGGAGCUACGUGAUGAUGUUCUUGGAUCAGGUCAGUUCGGGCAAGCUUCUCCGCUGAGUUGCACUCAACAGCUAACGAUGGCAUUUACAGAACAGCAAAUGCUUCAAACUUACCGUGAUCAAAUUGAAGAUUGGGGAUGGCGUUUCAAAUUGCGGCUGAUACAGUCAUCAGAGACAACGGAGGGUGGUUCGUCUACCACGGGAAUGUGCACCGUUUUACUCUCUGCGGUUCCUUGCAUCUUAGGAGUGAUGUUGUCAGGGGCAGAUCUGAUGGAGUACCUGCGGCAGCUCAUGGAUACACAAGGUUCGUCUGCUCCACCUCCAGCGGUGAUAAGAGUACUCAACAAUAAAGCCUGCCGAGGUGCUAUAAUGUUCGGCGAUACACUUUUACCCGUAGAAUGCACACAGCUUGUUGAGCAUCUGAAGAAGACUUCUUUGUGCUUCCAGUGCGCCCACGGUAGACCCACGAUGGUGCCCCUAGUGGACCUUAGGGCCUUGCACAAACGUCUCCGAUUGACUGAUAGCAGCUGCGGAAUUAGUAAGAAUCAUGAGCUUCCAACUGGGGCGCUUGCAGCAGUGUCGGAUAUGCCCGUAAAAGAGUGGCAUCGGUUGCAGAGCACAAGAUCCACUUUGAAGAGAUCAUUAGAACGACUAAAUCAAGCACGACAGUAACCAUUGCAAGCGGUGUAUCGUAGAAGCAAUGUACAAUGUACAGUAGCCUCGUGAUACGAUAUCGACCCGAUUGCGAAUCGAAGAGAUGACAUGAGAUGCAAAGAAACGAGGGGGAAAUGUACAUCACGAACUAAGUACCCGUCUAGCACUUAAGUUUCGCCCCAAGUAUAUGCAUUGAAAGGUGGGUCACGUUCUGACAACACCCAUUUGCGUGGGAUUUCAGUAGCGCUUUGAGUAAAGUUUAGCACAGUAAUGUUUGGAACUUGUGAACGUGGGCCUCACAGGAUAACAGAUCUCAACCAAUCCAGGAUAACAGAUCUCACUUUCGCAGAUAGACUUUGACAUGUCACAAGUUUUUUGCGAGCUUCUUGGAUUGUCCUCGAGAUUAUUACAGGCCUUACUGGAGUUGUGAGAACCAUUUAGCUGUCGACGAAACCCUUUGGACAGAAGGUGAGACACAAGACCCAAUCACAUGCUCGCGAUGAUGCCUCAGUUGAUCACAUGGUUAAUUCAGAACGAAGGUACUGCCGGAAUUUCAUGCCAUGGAAAUCUGCUUGAGCACAUGUAUACAUCUUGAGACGACAUUAUUGACGAGUACGUAAAAGAAACUAGUUGAUAUUCUUAAGUCUAUUGGCCAUUACCAGUGGAGUUAAUUUUGUUCCGUUAUGGCGGUCCAUGUACAUAGUAUAACAUUAAGUUUUAUAUAUUCAAGAAUACUAUGCUGGUAUUCGAUCAUCAGAAGUUACAGUUUUGUGAUUUUUUGCUGCAUAUGCAGAAGACUAUGUUUGAAUUUAUUUUUACUUAAAGUACAGUAGCCUCCCGGUUAAGUACGCACCAGUUUAAGUUCCCGUUCAAGUACGCAUCCCAGGUAAGUAACGGUUAAGUACGCACCCGUUUUUGAACGUUUUUGCUGUGGCUGUGGCACCC